GGACUCCGACCGCCCCAUUCAGAGAUGCCGUAAGUCCACUUCUGACCUCACCGACAUGACCGACGACGUCGCCAACACCACGAUGACGUCUCUCAGCCGCCCCAGCUCCCCCCGGAGGAAAGGCUCGGUGAAGGGAGGCCUGGCUUACUUGGCCUCCCGGAGGGGGUCCCGGGACUCCGUCGCCUCCAACAUGUCCAACGUGUCCAACGAAGAUAUCGGGCCCUUGAAUUUCCAGAACACGGCUCGGGGGCGGCAGAGGCGUACGUCUAACUUUCUGGAGCUGCCAGUUCCAGACCACAUACGGCCCAGGGUGUGCUCCCUUCCGGAGAAGGCUUACAACCCUCGGCUCAGCGAUGAUCUCUACCGGUUGAGGACUUUCAGUAUUACGAACAAAGGGGGUGUAGUCAAUUGCGGAGAUUCCAUUAUAAACAGGAGAUCCAGGUCUAAUACCAGCGUCAACUCCACGGCCAGCAGAGCCAGCAACGUCUCCGGCGAGAGAUCGCCCUUCGAUGGAUCCUGCUGCGGCUCCGGUUAUCACACGGUCGAUUCCACCCCCCUGGGAUCCCCCGAGGAGAUGGAAGUGCCCAAGUAUCGCGUCGUCAUGCUGGGCGACUCGGGGGUGGGGAAGACGGCGCUCGUGUCCCAGUUUAUGACGUCGGAGUACAUGAAUACUUACGACGCUAGUUUGGACGACGAGUUCGGCGAAAGGACCGUCUCGGUGCUGCUCGACGGCGAAGAGUCCGAGAUGAUCUUCAUAGACCACCCCUCGUCCGAGAUGUCGGUGGAAAAUUCUCUCAGCACUUACGAGCCGCACGCUUGCGUCGUCGUCUACUCGGUGGUGGCGAGGCCGAGCUUCCAGCACGCCGAAGAGACCCUCAACUACCUGUGGCGGGAGGGGUACACGCAGGAGAAGAGCGUCAUCGUCGUGGGCAACAAGGCGGACCUGGCCAGGUCGAGGGUCAUCACGGCGAAUGAGGGCAAGGCGUUGGCGGUGGCCCGCGACUGCAAGUUCAUCGAGACCUCCAGCGGCAUCCAGCACAACGUGGACGAGCUCCUGGUGGGCAUCCUCAAGCAGAUCCGGCUGCGGGAGUCGCGCGAGAAGAAGAAGUCGGGAUCGAAGAAGGAGAGUAAUAAGCUGCACGGCUCCAAGACCAGUCUCAGCCUCAACAUCGCCCGGGAGAUCCUGCAGAAAAUCUGUAUGAACGACAUUAGCAAGUCGAGGUCUUGCGAGAAUUUACAUGUUUUAUAAAUUGUUGUAGAUUCUAUUUUUCUACGCUAAGAUUCUGAUAGAGGUGUUGGAAUUGUAUAAACUGUAGUUUUC